GGUGACGUCACCCUCCGCCACCUACGGCGUCACUAACUCUUCCCCGCUACGGCGCUACCCCUCUCUCCAAGCAAAUACUCUUCUCGCGCACGUCAACCAUGCCCCUCAUCUUUACAUCGGCCCCUCCCUUCGUUCUCCUCACACUUUCUCGCCUCCCCAUAAAACCCUUCUCCCCCUUUCCCCGAAACCCUAGUUCUCUCUCCCUCUUCCCCCUCUCUUCUUCCUCUUCCUCUUCCUCUUCGUCGGCCCCCAUGAGUAGUUGGCUCGGGAAGCUAGGGUUAGGGUUCGGGAGCCGCGGGGGGAUCUCGGCGGAGGCGUCGGCGGCGAUCGCGCAGGGCCCCGACGACGAUAUACCCGCGCCGGGGCAGGAGUUCGCGCAGUUCGGGGCCGGGUGCUUCUGGGGCGUGGAGCUCGCGUUCCAGAGGGUUCCGGGGGUGACGAAGACGGAGGUGGGGUAUAGCCAGGGGAACCUCCACGAGCCGAGCUAUGAGGAUGUGUGCACGGGGAUGACGAACCACAAUGAGGUCGUUAGGGUUCAGUACGAUCCCAGGGCGUGCAAGUACGAGGACCUGCUUGAUGCCUUCUGGGCGCGGCAUGAUCCUACUACCCUUAAUCGCCAGGGAAAUGAUGUCGGAACUCAGUAUCGAUCUGGAAUAUAUUACUACACGCCGGAGCAGGAGAAAGCUGCGAGGGAGUCCCUUGAGAGGCAGCAGAAACUCCUGAACCGGAAGAUAGUAACAGAAAUUCUCCCAGCAAAGAAGUUCUACAGGGCGGAGGAGUAUCAUCAGCAGUAUCUCGAGAAAGGCGGGCGCUUCGGGUUUAAACAGUCCGCGGCAAAGGGCUGUAACGACCCGAUUCGUUGCUAUGGAUAGGAAAGGUAUGAGAAAACAUUAUAGCGAACCAAAUAUUUGUCGAAAGUUUUCACCUGAGUGGGCUGAAUAAUGAUGUAUGUAUGCGCACCACUAUGGUAUAGCAUUGUUGGUAGUUUUUCGGUAUAUAAACUCCGUAUGUACUGCAUAUUGAGAUGUAUGAUAUGAUAUACACUACUGAAGUGUCGAAAUAAGGUCCAAGUUGGUAAUGUAUUUAGUAGCUUCUUAAUGCGUGUGGCUUGCAAUA